CGAUCAGUGUCGUUCUUAUCGAGAGUGUGUCGUGCUUCAUCUGAAUCACACAGCGUAAGAACUUCAAUAAAGAAAAUAAAUUAUGCAACCUUUUGCGGUUAGAUGUUAUACCCCUAGUUGCACACUCUACUGACCUUCAGAGACAAGGAACUUCUGUGGCUGGGAUUGGCAUUGAAUGCUAGUUUGCAGCGUGCUCUUUGUCAACAUGAUAACAUUGUCACCAAAGGUACUCCACUGACCAAAGCAGAAGUGACAGAAACCCCCAGCUUUGGCACCAGUGAGUGUGAAUCACGAGGAUGAUGAAUCUGAAGAUGAUUUUGCCCAGCUAGCUCACAGGUGAAUGUUUUGCAUUCUUUUUUGGAUAUGGUGUUCAGGUGGUCAAAAGAUAAUGGACACAACCGGAAAGCAGCGAAUGCUCAGACUGAACCGUCGGGAAUCAGCCCACUUAUUCCACCUCCACCCUCAUCAAAGAGACCGGCUGCUGGAGAUUCAAGCUCGAUAGGUUAUCUCAAUGACGAUGUAUAAAUACGAAGAAUUUCCCGCAACAUUGGGAUCGACAAUGUCUUCAGUUCCCGAUUCUAACCCGACCAGUUCCAUGCCAUCUACUCCUUAUCCCCAUGAUUCUUCUAUUUUGGGCUUAGCCUACAAAAUAUAUGCUCUGGGUUCUAAGCGUUUUGCAAAGAAUAUUGUAAGUAAUGGUCAAAAUACUUCACUUUGGUAUGACAGGUGGCAUCCUCUUGGCAUAUUGGCUGAUGUAUUUCCUUUUAGAGUCAUCUAUGACUCAGCUACGGGUUCUAAUGCUACGGUGGCAGAUGUUACCGUGGAUAAUGAAUGGAGAUGCCCUCCAGCUCGUUCUGAUGACUUUGUGGAAAUUAAAGCUGCCCUCUGUGUUAGCAUCCUGCCAAACUCUGAUGUAGCUGAUAGAGUUGUCUAUAUUGGCUCUAAGAAUGGCUUGUUUCAGCAACAUGAUGCUGGGAAUCUGGCUGCUAAAGGGGAAAGCUUAAGAGCCUCAAAUUGGAAUGGUAGUGCGACCACUUAGUUUGGCAAGAGAGAAAUGUAGUUCUACAUGAUCAUGUUUUGUCUGAAGCUAGAAGGGUGAGUUACAAAAUAAUG